AGUAGCCAUACCAAACCAGCGCAUACAAGACAGCAGUGAUCGUCCAGCUGCCCUAGACGGGCGCUUACCGCUCAAGAUGCAAGCUGCGAAAGCCUCUUCAUCGUCUUCGCCCCCCUCUCUCAGCUGCCAACGCUGCUCGCAACCACUGCAGCUGGACGAGAGUCUGAGCGAUGAAGCCCUCCUAGCUUCAGCAGCUUCCUCGUCGUCCAAUGAAGGAGCCCUGACUACCUCCAACUACGACGUCAUCUCUUCUCUCGUCACUGCACCCUCUUCGACUGACAAAGGGGAGACGAAGCAGUCAACACCUCUGAAGCGCGUCAAGGAUGCUGAGUUGAGAGAGGCUGUACUGCAAGAUCACCAGCGAGAGCAUCGGCCUACAAAGGAUGACUCACGUUCAACUUCGAGGUCAGGAGCAGCGCCCAACUCUCUCACAGCACGUCUGUCUUUACAUUCGCGCCUCUUCGAUUUGGUCUCCUCCUUUGUACCCGCUGGGACUACAGCAACAGUCCCUUCGGCCUCUUCGUCCUCAUCCGCUUCUUCCUCAUCCCACCAACACCCUGCCACAUCAGGAGCCACGGCAACGGCAGCAGCAGCAGGUCCACGCAGCUUUCCUCUGGGCAUCGAUCAUCCUCUAUGUCUAGAUUGCUCAGACUACUGUCUCGAAGUGAUACGCAGGCAAGUGGAAGAAGUGCGCAAGGAGCGAGAUGCACUUGGCGAGUUCAAUCGGGAGCUCGAGAGGAGCACAGCUGGUAAUCAUGGUCCUGCUGAGGGAGAAGGAAAAGGCAGACGGAGGAUAGAUGGAGAGGCAGAAGUGGCUAGAUUGGAGGCGGAGAUUGGGGAGUUGCAGACGGCUGUGGAUCAGGCGGUUGCGGCGCUGUACAAGUCCGAGAGGACGAGGAAGGACCUGGAGGAGGAGUUGAGACAAUUGGAGGUAGAGGAGCGAGAGCUGGAAGCUGACGAGGCUGACUUCUGGGCGGGUCACUCGAAGCUUCUUUCGGAGACGACAGCCUUAGAGUCGACAAAAUCAUCUCUGCAGCGGUCUCUUCAAGUCUCGGAAACAACGCUGGCUCGGUUGAACUCAACAAAUGUCUUCUACGACGCAUUCUGCAUUGGUCAUGAAGGCGGUGGAGGCCCUUCCUCCUCUGCCUCGAGCAAUCGCAAGAGAGCCAGCGGGACGGGCUUAGCCACGAUUAAUGGUCUACGCUUCGGCAAGAUGUCAUCCUCUUCCAGUGGAGGUGGUGCUACGAGCGUGGAGUGGAAUGAGGUCAAUGCGGCCUGGGGACAGGUCGCCUUGCUGGUGGAAGUGCUCAGGGGACGUAUCGGUGGGAUGCUAGAAGGACAGACUGCCCGAGGCAACCUUUCCACCCCGGGUAGGAAGGGUCGGGAGUUCGUGGGAUGGAGAGUGAGACCCAAAGGGUCCACCUCUGCUAUGGAGAAGCUCGCGUACUCCGGUCAGCACCCAUCAGCAAGCUCGUCCGCUUCGCCGUCUGGUCACCAGAGCGAAGACAUCUACGAGCUCUACCAUCCAGGUCCUUGGGCAGGCGUCACUCGCAUGCUCCACUCUCGACGCUUCGACGCGGCCAUGAUCGGCAUCCUAGACUGCACCUCUCAACUCUUCCAGUGGGCCGAGAAAAUCUCUGUUGCUGGUCCUUCUAACAUCAGCUCAAGUGGUGCUGGAGCUAAUGCGGAAAUACCUUCCGAUCCUCCACGAAUGAUCCACGCGAUCAAUGGAGAGAAGAUUGGCGACACCAGCAUACGACUGGCGGGGGCUUUCUUUGCUAGUGAGGAGACGUGGAGUAGGGCGACCAAGUAUCUCCUGGUCAACCUACAAGUACUCAUGCACUGGGCUACACGCAACGAAACUGUUCCUGUGCCUGCUCCCACUCAACCCUAGCCACUUCUGUGAAGGAUCUGCAGCACGCAUCCCUCCCGUGAGACAUAUGAUACCUCUUUUGAUACUUCAAUUGAUUACACCGUGUACACUAAAUUACAAUGGCUCAAUAGGAGGUAGAGGACCGACAGGCACCACGCGUGUAGGGUUAACAUUCGGGUGACUCUGGU